AUGGCAGCAUGGUUGCUGGUGGUGGGCGUGGUCGUCGCGGUCGGCUUGGUGAUUUCUUCAGCAUUCAGCUUUUGGCUGGCGUUGAGGCAACCAGAUUCCUUGGAGGAGCUGGGCGUGAAGCCCACCUAUCCAAGAAAUGCGUUGCCAGAGGACAAGAUCCAGGCAUACCAGCAGCUGAAGAACAAGUUGCAGGGCGAGUUCGCAAAAGACAUGGCUGGAGAUCAAUGGGUGUGCAAGCUGCCACCACAUGCAAAAGACUUGCUUAAGUACAGGCUUAUGCAGCGUGCCAUUGGAGAUAUGUCUCUGUUGCAAAAGAUUGAUGCAGAUGCCCGUGGAUAUUGGAAGCUCUUUUCCAAAGGCAUCAUUACGUCCAAGUUUUGGAAUUCAGUGCUGGCCGCCGAGCGAGAACUCUCGCAAGAAAUCGAGGCUCUAAAACUCGAGGCAUUGGCCAUCGAGCCGCUACAGGAUCCACAGGGCAUCGUGUCGGAAGCCAUGCAGCUCGUUGUCAGAUACGGCGACAAAAUCUGGGAAAAGUUCCCGGAGCCGCCGGAGAAUCCUGGAGGUGCUGCAAUGGCUGCCGCGGCGAAGGCCGUGGCUGCAGCUGGGAUGCCCAGACCUGGAGUGCCGCCUCCUUUCGCGCCCCCACCAGGGCCCCCGCCUCCACAGCAAGGCGGGUCAACUGAUGCCUACAAGUGGCGGCAGGAUACCGAGGAGGUUGAGAUUUCUGUCCACGUCCCAAGUGAUGCGGCGAAGGCAGACAUCAAGGUUCAGUUCCAGCCGAAGUCUCUCAAAGUCUUGCAUUGUGGCAAAACUCUGGUUGAGGGGGGCCUUGCAGCACCAUGUUGCCCAGAAGGCUGCACUUGGACUUUGAGCAAAGGUGCUCUUGUAGUGACCUUGGAAAAAGCCAACCCGAAGCCUUGGCCUGGUCUCUUUGCGGCAAAGACCUGA